AUGUCUAAUGUUUUUGGGUUAAUUGUAUCAGGGCGCCUCGUGCAGACAAACUUUGCGCCACUAUCUGAGACUCAGUUUCUCAUCACAAUCACGGAAGCGGAUAAUAUUAACCAUGCGGUGGUCUUCCUAACGGGUGUCGCGCCACUGCCGGCCGGUACCGUGGGCAUGGUGUAUUGGAGCUGGCCAGACCCAGCUGCACCACCCAACUGGCAACUUCUAGGACAUAUUUCCAAUACAAAACCCUCCGCUAUCUUUAAAAUAGGAACUUUGAAAAAGCUGCACGAAUUAUCAAGUGAAAAUAAAUUUAUAAGUGCGUUUGGUCAGCAACAGAUUUGUCACAACGCACAGAUUGGUAUAGCUAUUGAACCUGAAUCAAAUGUUCAACUGCUUGCUUCCUCUGUAGCGCAACAACAGAAUAACUACAUUACAUUUGCACAAAAGAUGCUGGAACAUCUGGUGAACUUCGUGGCUUCAUUCUCUGUGACACAGGAUCAGAUGACGCCGACUCCUGGCGUGUCGUAUAUUCCCUUAAAUACUCUUCACACAUGGUAUCAAAAUUUCGAGAGAAGACUGCAACAAAACCCUAACUUCUGGAAAAAUUGA